UGGCAGUGGUGAUGAGGUCGACAUGAAUAUCGAAGACACCGAUAAUGAAGAAGAUGAGGGAGAAGCCGAAGAAAAGUGGAGGUGGUCACGCAGACCCUUAAUUCCGGAGCCUUCCUUCGAGGAAGUCAAUUAUUCAAGAGAACCAGAGAAGUGCCUCGCGAAGAAAAUUCAAAAAAUUCGGUCUGCAAAUCAUUGUCAAGAUGGCUUCUAUUGAGCUCACACCAGAGAAACCUGAAUUUCCAAUGGGUGGUUGGCAUGUAACUGAAACUCUAUCAAUGAAAGGAAACCUGAUACUAACAGGUUUCAACAUCGAAGGACAAAUGAAUGAACAUAUUCGUGGCACAGCACUUUAUUACCUUGAUAGUGAGAACAUAACUUCGAGUGAUCUCUCAUUCCGUAUGCAGACUAUGGAAGACACAGGUGAGGAACUCGAUGUAGGAGAAGAUGCAUAUCAUUGGCUAGAGCAGGUUUAUGGUACAUAUCUCAGAUCGGAAAAAUCACCAUGUCUUCAAAAUUAUGGUAGCGUUGAAACACGUCGAGGAAGAUUACUUGCUUUUCCCAAUGUCUUGUAAGUGCCAGGUUCCGACUCUUCAAAGCAUAAUUAGAUACUUACUAAUCUAUACACAAGUCAACACAAAGUUUCUUCAUUCCGCUUAAAAAAUCCAACAAAACCAGGUCACAGACGAUUCAUCGCACUAUGGCUCGUAGACCCACACAUACGCAUCAUCUCCACAGCAAACGUACCACCCCAACAAAUGAACUGGUGGGUAGACUCAGUCUUUGGCGAUACUCCUGAAGCCCGCAAUAAUGCCCUCGAAAAAAUCCCAGCAGAGCUCCUAACACUUUUGGUUGAAAAUUAUCUAGAUAUGGAUAUUUCAGCAAAGGAUAUGAAAAUUAAAUUCCCACCGGAAUUGAUGGAGGUGGUGAGAUGGCAUUUUAAUUUUGAUUAGAAUCCUUUGCCGAAAGGGCUGGAGAGGAAUGGGAGUCCAUUGGAUAUAGUUUUAUAAACAUUGAGCUGGGGUGAAGGGAGGAGAUGGUCGAGAUGGGGUAGGAGCGGUCUUUAAAUAUGAUUCUUUUCCUGAUCGGGCUCUGGGGUUUUGGAAUGGGAAGUGAGAGGAGAGAGGGAGAGGGAGAGGGAGAGGGAGAGGGAGAGGGAGAGAGGGAGAGGGAGAGGAGAGGGAGAUAGAGGAGUGGAUGGAUAGUAUAACUAACUGACUUGAACAACUUUUAUUUAUUUCUAGCUAUGGGGGUGCAUUUUCCCUCUUUGGUUGUGGGGACUAGACUAGGAUUAAUAAGUUAC